GCUGAAGGUUAUGUGGACGAUCAGCUCAUCACUCGCUAUGAAAGCCACACCAGGACGAUGCAUCCUCGAGUAGAUUGGAUAAAUACACUGGAGAAGGAAGAUUCCAGAUUCUAUAACAGGUACACCUGGAUUUUGCAAAAAGACCAGAAAGACUUUCAGGAGAACGUGCAAAUGCUCCAGAGACGCUAUAACCAAAGUGGAGGCUUUCACAUCGUCCAGAUGAUGAUCUUCUGUGAAGUAGGGGAAGAUGGAAAAAGGAGCGGCCGCUGGCAGUAUGGCUAUGAUGGGCGGGAUUUCCUUGACUACGAGAUCGGGACCGGCAUCUGGACAGCAGCUGACACAGAAGCCCAGGGAAUCAAGCGGAAGUGGGAGGACGAAACUGCCAUCAAGCAGCGUUUCACAGGUUACCUGGAGAGCACCUGCAUGGAAUGGCUGCAGAAGAACGACCACUACAGAUCGGGGACAUCCUUGAGGGAAGUUGCUCCAGUGGUGACGAUGAGCAGUAGGACAGAAGCCGAUGGUAUGGAGAGGCACGUCUGCCGAAUCCAUGGCUUCUACCCCAGGGAGAUCGAUGCCUCCUGGACGAGGGAUGGGGAAUUCUGGCUGCAAGACACCUUCCAUGAGUCUCUGGCCCCCAACUCAGAUGGGACCUACUAUUACUCGCUCGGAAUCCAGAUCGAUCCCAAGGAGAGGGACCGCUAUCGGUGC